UGUCACCUUGAAUGUGUCUUCCCUCUCCACCCUGUGAGGGAUUGCUUUUGGAUUGUUUUCUUUUUUUAAAUUGUGGUAAAAUGCACAUAACAUAAAAUUAGCCAUUUUAACUGGAAUUGCUUACAAUUCAGUGGCAGUAAAUGACCGUGGUGUGUCACUUCCACAUCUUUGUAGUUCUAGAACACUUCCAUCACCCCAAAAGGAAAACCCCAGAGGUAUUAGCAGUCGCUCCCUAUCCACUUCUUCCAGCCCCUGGCAACCAAAAUCUGCUUUCUGUGCCUAUGGACUUGCCUGUAGUGGACAUUACCUAUAAAUGGGUUCAUAUAACAUGUCGCCUUUUCUGUUUGACUCCUUUCACUCGGCAUGUUUUUAAGGUUCACCUGCAUUGUAAUGUGUAUCAGUACUUCAUCCCUUUUAUAGCUGAAUAAUCUUCCAUAGUAUGGAAGGACCAUAUUUACUUUAUUCAUUCAUCCCUUGAUGGACAUUUGGGUUGUUCCUCUAUUAGUGAGUGACUAGUGCUGCUGUGAACAUGUAUGUUCAUGUUCAUGCUCAAUUUUUGUCUGAACACGUGAUUUCAACUCUUUGGGGAGUACCAUGCUAAGUUGGAUGAUAACUCUAUGUCUGACUUAUUGAGCACCCAAGGAUUUCUUUUGACGGGAAUCUUUUGAGAGUGUGACACGAUCCCCCCGGGGCCUUUGCCCCUGCUGUUCCCUCUGUGUGAAAUGCUCUUCCUACACCUCUCCCCAGGUUUCUUCAACUGGCCAAGCUCACAGUUGGGCCUCUUUAGAGUGGCCCUCUCUGACCACUUUCUCUGAAAGGGACUCACCCCCUGCCCUUCCUUCUUUCUGCCCCUCUUCCACCUGCUUUUCAUUUCUCCUGAGCCCAUAUUUCAGCUUGAGCUUUCAUUCUAUUUCUGUUUCUGUCUGACUCCCUGGCUUGUCCAUGGGCCCUUGAGGGCAGAGACUUUGUGCAGAACCUUGCCAGGAUGGAGGAGAAAUAUACACCCGGGGCAUCUGAGAGGGUGGAGUGAGUGGAUAGUGGAGCCAGGCACUGCCUCUGAUAGUUCCAAGCCCCCAGCUGCUGCUGCUGAGUCGCUUCAGUCAUGUCCGACUCUGCACAACCCCAUAGAUGGCAGCCCACCAGGCUCCCCCAUCCCUGGGAUUCUCCAGGCAAGAACACUGGAGUGGGUUGCCAUUUCCUUCUCCAGUGCAUGAAAGUGAAAAGUGAAAGUGAAGUCGCUCAGUCAUGUCCAACUCAGCGACCCCAUGGACUGCAGCCUACCAGGCCCCUCCAUCCAUGGGAUUUUCCAGGCAGCUCCCUGAAGCACUCAACGACCCUCACCAACCGGCAGCGGGGCAAUGAAGUCUCGGCCCUGCCAGCCACCCUGGACUCCCUGUCCAUCCACCAGCUCGCAGCGCAAGGGGAGCUGAGCCAACUGAAGGAGCAUCUGAGGAAAGGCGACAACCUCAUCAACAAGCCGGACGAGCGCGGCUUCACCCCCCUCAUCUGGGCCUCCGCCUUUGGAGAGAUCGAGACUGUCCGCUUCUUGCUCGAGUGGGGUGCCGACCCCCACAUCCUGGCUAAGGAGCGGGAGAGUGCCCUGUCACUGGCCAGCACCGGUGGCUACACGGACAUUGUGGGGCUUCUGCUGGAACGUGACGUGGACAUCAACAUAUAUGACUGGAAUGGAGGAACGCCACUGCUGUACGCCGUGCGUGGGAACCAUGUGAAGUGUGUGGAGGCCUUGCUGGGUGAGUGCAGUAGAGGCUGGCCCUGCAGGAAUCCUGACCGCCAGGGAAGGGUCUGAGCUCUGCCUGAACCGCUCUUAGGAUGGAGACCCUGGAGGUGGAGAUUCCAGUGGCCACAUUCAUCAGAGGUCAGGCUCUUGUCCAGGGCCACACAGCUACCAGCAGACCUGUGGCUGCGUGGUGGGUAGUCCCUGCACCUCUGCACCCCACCCAGGCUCCUGGUCCCCAGCCCAGCCUCCUCUGCAGCACCUGUUCUGCU